AUGCCGGUACUCAAUCAUGAUGCCGCUCCUCCGCCCGGCUGGCCAGCGGGCGUGACCUACCUCACCCGUUCCCGGCUCUCCCCGACGUUCGAACGAGCUCGACUACCUCUCCUUACCCCGUCGAGCAACGAUUCGGCUGCUUCUUCAAAAGUCGCAGCUUCGUCAAAACAACCUCAAUCUCAACCUUUCCCUAAAGAAUUGAUCAAGAUCAAGAAGAUCACCGAACCUUCUCACCCGGCUUUCGGGCAGCUCGGACUGGUCGCCCUCAAAAAGAUUGAACCGCGUACCAAAGUUCUCAGCUACCUCGGGGUAUAUCAUACCCGCCCACACCCGGAGAGCGACUACGACCUCUCAGUCCUCCGAAUUCGAGACGAAGACUCCACAGAAGUAGACGCUACGAUAGACAUCGCUCUAGACGCAGCCAAGUCUGGCAAUGCAGGGAGGUUCGUCAACGACUACCGCGGGAUCGGGUCGGCUCCGAAUUGUCAAUUCGUAGAAGCCGUCGAUUCGAACGGGUGGAUCGGGAUGGAAGUAUGGACUUUGGGGAAAGGGGUAGGGAAGGGGGAGGAGCUGUUAGUCAGUUAUGGCAAGGGGUGGUGGGCCGGUAGACAAGGGUAG